AUGGAAAGCAAUUUGUCUGCCAUAUCAUCUGGCACAAGGGUGCUGUCGUCCUUUCUCGCUCCUAAUCAAGAAUUCAAUCAAAACGAUGUAGAUAUUCUCGUUGCUUUAAAUACAACCCCAAUAUCCGAUACCAUUACCACAGGUUCUGCUACUAGUUUGAUUGUCACAAGUGCGACAGCUACUCUCAAGGGUGAAAAUCUUGCUACUAAUGUAGCUAACGUUCCCUUAGAGAUUACAACCGCCAACACUUGCAUUAGUGGAGAUGAUGCCUAUUCAAAGGAUAUAUCGACUCCAGAAAGUUGCGACCUCAUGCAUGAACUUAGGUCGCAGAAUGCGGAGGUGGAUCUGGAAGAGGAACUAUUAGAUAAGGGAGACGCUAGUUAUCUUCUUUGCCUGGAGGAAAUUUUGAUAUCAAUUCAUCGUGGAUAUUAUGCUGCCUACGAGUCCUGGAAAAGGAAACGUGCCAGACGCAAGAUUAAAACUCUUGAAACUUGUUAUUCAGGGUACGUCAUUUUCUCAUAA